CAAACUAUAUAACCUUUAUGUUUGUCGAUUUUGCGUCAUUCUGGUUUCGACCACAGUUUCAACUUUCUUCAUCAAAAAUCAUCAAAUUCUUGUUGUAAUUGUUAUCAUGGAGUUGCCCCACAUCGGGAAACAAUGCACAGCAAAAUUCUGCAAUAAAUUAGAUUUCUUGCCAAUCACCUGUGAUGCCUGCAAAAAUAUUUUCUGCGACGAACACUACACAUACUCCGGGCACAAUUGUCCUAACUCUUAUCUAAAGAACAAUCAAGUGCCUGUAUGUCCACUGUGCAACAAGCCUAUUCCAGUUGCACUUGGUCAACAACCAGAUGCUGUAGUUGGUGCUCACAUUGACAAUGACUGCCAGUCCGAUCCAGCCGUGUCACGCCGGAAAGUAUUCACCAAUCGUUGUACGAAAAAAGGCUGCAAGAACAAAGAAGUCAUACCUGUAGUUUGUGUUGAUUGCAAGUUAAAUUACUGCCUGAAACACAGACAUCCACAAGAUCAUGCCUGCACUGGCAAAGCUACCAAAACACCAACAAAUAGUAACCCUCCCAUGAGUUUAAGAGACAGAGCAUUACAAGCUGCAAUGGGUAGACAACAACAACAACAAACACAAACCCAAACAAAUGAUAGUACAAUGAGUGAAGAUGAACAAUUAGCAAGAGCAUUAGCAAUGUCAAUGCAAGAAAGCCAUAAUAAGAUGACUCAAGAGGAGCUAGACCUGCAGUUAGCCAGACAAUUGCAAGCGAUGGAAGGCACUAAUGCAGGCACAGCCACAACUGCCAGUGGUACCAGAAAUAGUCAGGGGAGCAAUCAAAGGUGUGAUGUUCAAUGAUUGAUGAGUUUUGUAUCUCAGAAUAUUGAACUGAUUCUUUGGGCAUAGCACAAAUUUUAAUAAAUCAACACUUCAUCUCAUUAUAUACUAUUUAAAUGUUAAUUAUGUUGUAAACUAUGGUUCAGAUGUUUAUUAUGUUUACUCUGAACUAAUUUUACUAGUAUUAAGUUGUUAAUUGCAUUUAUGUGUAACAUUUUAUAAAAAGACACUUAAGUCAUACGAAUUUAAUAAAACAAAUAUUUAUCUAUCCAA